GAAGGUAAAUGCGAGUGUGUGCUACAAAUGGAUCAGCUGAGCGCCAGCUGUGUCACGCAGCUCGACCAAUCGGAUAGCCGUAUGCCCGAAAGGCUACUAGCGCCACCUAUAAGCACGCCUGCCCGGCGCCUAUCACUUCUUUGGCGUUCCCGCAAAACUUCGUAUUGGCAAGCUGUUUCUUUAAUGAAUUUUAAAUAGAUAUUAUCUUCAUAAUUAUCGUUUAAAUACGACCAUCUGACGUUCUUCAUUUUUACGUAUUUAACGCGAGUGACGAAAAAGAUAUUCCAUGGUUCCUUCGAAAAUAUAGUGCGAUUAGAUCAAGGCGGGAAGCGUUCCCCAAUGGACGCGGAAGAGCGUGGAUGCAUCUCGGUUCACCCGAUUUCGAAAACGCUACGACGCUGUAAUUUCAUAUAUAUGUGAAAAGAAAAGACCAAUAUAAAGACGAAUGUAUACGUUCUAUUCAAGAAUUUGUUUGUUGAGUGUCAUUAGAGUGUAUAUUUAUUGGAAAAAUCACGCGGACCGUGAAACGUCGUCGAGUGAACCAACAGCUCGAAAGACCUUUCUUUGAUCAUCGAAAUCCUUGUUUCCUGAGGAUGACAUCGGUGUUUGUCCAUUGAGAAAGGUCAAGGGAAGUCCUCUGGAAAGUAUUUGUAAAAAUUGGAAAAUUUUCCCCUUUUGAGGUUAUGGUAUUCAUAUAGAGGGCGUCACAGCGCCAGAUUGCAAGCAGGGGUUGGUCAUCGUUUCGCGCGCUGGUCUCCCGCGCUUCGAGAUCCACGUCCUCGGAUUUUUCCAUGAAAAUUUUAUUCCAAAGCCAUUUACACUUUGAUGGUACAUCAUUGAAGACUAUCGGAGAUUUUUUUUCGAUUAAAUUGAACAAGUGCGUUUAAGUUUCAUCGUUAAAUAUUGGAUCGGUAUCGGGGAAGGAGACGUGCAUUAUGGCGAUCGAGUGUGUCUGAGCUUCGCGCGCUCUCAUACUUUUUGGUAUUUUCUCGGCAAUAUUGUAGCACGAAAUCUUACUUACUUUUCGUCAAUACUUAGUCUAAUAUCACCCGGUAUCGGGGAUUAAUAAAAAAAAAUCUUAACUCUUAUUAAUAUUUCGAACUUUGCGAGGAUUUCUCAGCAAGAUGCCACAGACCAGUUUACAAGAAAAGAAAUCUUCCCAAACGUAUUUGCAAGGUGGUAAAGAGAGACAAUCACUAAAGCGUAAAAGACGUACAGCUGAACUUUCUGAAGAUUCAGAAAAUAUCUAUCCUCCUAGCAAAGUACCAGCAUUAUCUCAUGUGUCAUAUACCGAAUCUUGUAAUGGUGCACAUUCUAUAGAAAAUCCAUGUACACCUCAACAUCAAACAUCUCCUUUAAAAGAACAACAGGAACCAGCAACUUGGUCGGAAUUAAGAAAUGCAACUUGUUUCUUAACACCUUCAGGUUCUAAUAAUGCAUCAAAUAGGCCGAGUCCUCUGCCAUCAUUUCCUUGGGCAGAUGGUUCACAAGUAUGGGCCCUUAUGUGUCUAGGAGAUCAAAAGACUCUUAGUCAAAGAGAUCCGCAAAUGUUUCAAAGGCAUCCAACAUUACAACCACGAAUGCGUGCUAUUUUGUUGGAUUGGUUAAUCGAAGUUUGUGAAGUAUACAAACUACACAGAGAAACUUAUUAUCUUGCUAUGGACUAUAUAGACAGAUACUUGUCUACUCAUCAAAAUGUACCAAAAAGUCAAUUACAACUUAUAGGUAUUACGUGCCUAUUUAUUGCAGCCAAGGUUGAAGAAAUCUAUCCACCUAAAAUAGCUGAGUUCGCAUAUGUUACUGAUGGGGCUUGCACAGAGGAAGAGAUUUUAGGGAAAGAGUUAAUCAUUUUGAAAGGACUAGGAUGGAAUCUCUCACCGAUGACUGCUCCAGGAUGGCUUAAUAUCUACAUGCAAAUAGAAUCUGGUGAUUGGUCUAAACCCAAUGUAUUUAUAUAUCCACAGUAUAGUGGAUUGCAGUAUUCGCAAGCUGCUCAGCUUUUGGAUUUAGCAACCUUGGAUGAAGGAAGUUUAAAAUUUCCUUAUAGCCAUAUAGCUGCGGGAGCUAUUUAUCAUACACAAGGAAGAGAACGUGCUUUAAGGGCAUCGCAUCUUUCCUGGGAACAAUUAGCUCCUUGUGUUAAAUGGCUGACUGCAUUCGCCUCGACAGUGUUGGAAGAUGGUUCACAAUUUUUGUUAAGAUCUACUAUUCCUCCUGUGGAAUCUAAUUCAGGAUCUGGACUCAAAGCAACAGUACCUAACAUAGUGAUGGAUGAAUCGCAUCGUAUACAAACUCAUGUAGUAGAUCUGAAUAUGUUAGAGAAAGCGCAACAACGAUUGGCAGAAGAAAUUUUACUAGUCGACGUAGAGGAAACAGAUGUGAAAACGGAAUCUGACAGACAUAGUAGUCCAAAUGAAAGUGGUCUUUUAACUCCUCCUUCUAGUAGCCAAAAAACUUCUCCGACAACACCGAGUCUCCCGCCACAGCUACAUCCGUAUACAUAAUACUUGUUUGCAAAUGCUCGAUGUUAUUAUAUUACUACUACUCAUCUCGUCAUGAAUAUUUUUUUAAAUUUUAGAAUUAUUAUAAUUAGAGCGAUUCGUUGAAAAAAAAAAAAAGGAAAAAAAAGGAAAAAAAAACAACAAAAGCAAGAAAGGGGAAAAAAACAAAAAAAUUGCUGACGCAAAUGUUGUCGCUUACGAGUAACUGAAUUUACACAUAAGCGUAAUAACGUUAUAGUAAUUGUUAUACUUUAUUUCGUAUAUAAUAUACAUAAUGUUAAUUCCCUUGUGUGCAUCGAUCGACCAUAUCCAGCGAUCGUUCGGCACGUGGUGGUGAAUCUGUCAUAGCAAAAAGACUCAGUACAAGACAUUAAGCGUAUUAGAAGAUGUGCAUUGUAAGCACAAAUUUAAUUUAAUAUAUGUUUUAGUAUAUAUAAACAUUUACAUAUAAAAAAGUGCCUUGUGUCAAAGCAACUUGAACUUAAAUAAGAGCCAUGUAUUAAAUGGUGACUAAUCUCUGUGAUUAUACCCAACAGUGAAGCUUCAUGCAACAUAUACUUUACGAAUCGGAUUUAAUUAAUGUCGUUCUUAUUCCUAUAAAUAUAGAUAUUAUUAUUAUUAUUAUUAUUAUUAUUAUUAUUAUUAUUAUUAUUAUUAUUAUUAUUAUUAUUAUUAUUAAAAUACAAAAAAAUAAUUCUAGUGCCUACGAGAAAUGUUUUCCGCUCGUAGUUCUUUUUAUUAGCACAAAAAUAAAAAGAACAUUGUGAAUAGUAUUCUUUUAUAUAUAUAUAUAUAUAUAUAUACAUAUAUAUAUAUUUAUAUAUAUUUAUAUAUAUAUAGUUUGCUUUAUAUUAACGUACUAUGUGGUGCGGUAAUACAUUAAUGUGUUGUACGCGUGUGUAUUUUUAUGUAUAUGUAUAUUAUGAAAAAAGAAAUCGUGUGAGAGAAUGGGUGCGUGCGAGAAUGUAUGCGACAAAUCAGCAUGUAUAAAUGUGACAAAUAAGACUUGUAACCACCAUAUAUUUGGUGAUAUUUUCACACUGCCGUUCAUAUAACAACAUGGUGGUUUAUACACAUUUGUAUGAAGCUUGACAAUAAAUUUGUUAAUCUAUGGUA